GUCGUUUCGAUUAAGACGGUCUCGUGCUGGCAUCGCUACCUGUUGGGGGAUCUCAUCUUUGUCGUCCUCUCCGUGCUAUCUAUCGGCAUCAUUCCGCUGCUAGCCAGCUGGUUCCCUGCUUUUUACGUCACCCUGCGAUUCAAGCGCGUCCCCCCCGGCGACGUCAACACGGACUACGUGCUGGUGGAGAGUCUCGACGGUAUCCUGACAGUCGCGCCACUCGAGUCCGUCGACCCCUGGGCUCCAUCCCGUGGCUGGGUGGACGUUGCGACGGCGCGCUCCUGCACCAGACGUCCGGUAGGCAGGGGUUGCGAGAUCAGCUUCGCCGCCCUUCCUCGAACCUUCCUGUGGCGCAGCGAGCGGUUCUGGUUCGAUCUGGCCGCCGCCGCGCGUCUGUUCGACGGCACGCCCAAGUCCGCCACGCGCGCAGCGGAGCUCAGCAGCACGCCGCUGGUGUGGAAGCGGCAUCGCUUCCAGCUCGCCUCCACCGCCGCUGCGCUCCACAAGUAUGGCGCCUCUUGCGCCAUGCAGGAGCCCCGGGGAGCGAGUCACCCUGGAGACGUGAGUGACUGGGAGCGUCGGCUCCUCACCCACGGCGAGAACAUCCUGCAUGUGCAUGCGCCCAGCUUCUGGGUGCUGCUGUUAGGGGAGGUGCUGAAGCCGUUCUUUGUCUUCCAGGUGUUCAGUGUGAUUGUGUGGUUCCUGAUCAACUACUACCUCUACUCCUGCGUCAUCAUCUUCCUCACUACCUCCUCAGUCGUCUAUGAAGCAGCCCAGACCCGCCGCAACAGGCUCGCCAUCAAGCGGCUAGCUGAGACGGACUGCUCUGUGGUGCGCCUGACAGCCCGCCGUGAUUCUGCCGACCCCUCUGUUCCGCCAAGGCUGCAGCCAGAGCAGGUUCUAGCCAGCGCGCUGCUGCCAGGAGACCUUGUGCAGGUGGAGGCGGGGAUGGUGCUGCCAUGCGACCUGGUGCUGCUGGCAGGCCAGUGUGUGCUCAACGAGUCCAUGCUCACCGGCGAAUCCGCUCCCGUGCUCAAGACAGCUCUGCCCCUCGACUUCUCUGCGCAAGCGCAGAGCCUACGGCCAGGGUCAGAGGCGGAUUCCAAGUAUCGUCUGCUCUCAGGCACAGAGGUGCUGCAGACCAGGGCGCUCAGGGUACCGCCCACCCCCCCGCCCACCUGGCCUUCCUCGUCUUCUAGCGGGGAGGCCCCUCCUUGUGUGUGGAACUUCGCCAAUGCGAGCCAAGGACAGCCCAUGCCUGUGACAGCCAUGGUGGUGGGCACGGGGUACGCAACUGCCAAGGGCGAGCUGGUUCGCGCCAUCAUCUACCCGAAGCCCACGUCGUUUGACUUUGAGCGCAAGCUGUACCUGUUCAUAGUGAACCUCUUCGUCUUCUUCCUCAUUGCUGCCACCAUCACCGUUAUCUACCAGUACAACAAGGUGAGCACCAGGCAGCUGGUGCUGAGCGUUCUCAACAUCCUCACUAUCACUGUGCCGCCCGCCCUGCCUCUCGCGCUCUCCAUCGGUCUCACCACCGCCUUCUCUCGCCUUCAAGCAUGCGGCAUCUUCUGCAUCAACCCGCCUCGCAUCAUCAACGCAGGUCGCGUCAACCUCCUCUGCUUCGACAAGACAGGCACUCUCACUCGUGACGGCCUCACUAUCUCUGGGGCCAUACCCGUCUCCUCCUCCUCCCCUUCCGCCUCCUUCCCAUCCUUCUCCUCCCUCCACUCCAACCUCCUGGAGCUUUACCACGAGGCUGUGAAGCCCACAGCAGCAUCACCCCAACCUGCCUCAACCGCAUCCAGUCCAACUGCAUCCCUCUGUUACACCCUAGCUGCCUGCCACAGCCUGUCGCUGCUCCACGGUCCUGCCCCCUCCCGCUCAGAUCCCUCCUCGUCUGCUUCUGAUGCGUUUCCCGAGAUGGAAGUGCAUGCAGAGCGGACGGGUGGGGAUGGCUUCUGGAGUAGGCUGAUGCGUGGAGAGUUGGGGUACGAGGGGGUGAAACGGGGAAGCAGGAGCAGCAGCGGCAGUGUGGGUGACGGGGGCACGCAUGGGGCGAGUUUGCAUGCAGGGCCGAGGAGUGAUGAGGGGGAGCAGUGGGGUGGUGGGGUGGGAGCGGCUGAGGUGGAGGAGGGGGAGGCUGGGGAGAGUGAGGAGAGUGCUGUUGUGCACAUGAAGGACGGCUCGCCGGCGCUGGCUGUGCUGCGGCGCUUUGACUUUGACUCGGACCUCAGGCGCAUGGCUGUGGCCGUGCUGCAUGUGCACCCUGGUGUUGUGAGGAGUGCGGGUGGUGAUGGUGCUGGUGGCGGUGCUGCUGCUGCGCCCAUGUCUCUGCUUGUGAAGGGCGCUCCUGAAAGGUGCAGUGGUGCUGGAUUGGAUUGGAUACGAUGUGUGACGUGUCCAUGCGGGUAUGGAUGGGAGGGCGGGAGUGGUGGGAGUGGGUGGUGUGAAGCUCUGUCUGCUGUGUGUGCCAUGUGCUUGUUUCUCUAUGUGAUGCUGUGGUGUGCUGAUGUGCUUAUGUCUGUCCCCCACGUUCCCUCGCCGUCCCCCGACCCCAACCCCCACAACCCCUACUAUCCUUCCAACCAACCAACCAUUCGCCCCUUAUGCACGCCUGCAUCGCUCCCGCGUGACUUCGAGGCGCAGCUCAAGGAGCUCACGCUCGGUGGAAGCAGAGUGCUGGCUGUGGCCUCGCGAUCGCUCUCCCACCUCACUCUGCAGCAGGUGGCGGAAGCAAGCCGGGCAGACAUGGAGAGGGAGCUGGUGUUCUGCGGGUUCCUGGUACUAGAGAACCCCAUCAAGCCCGAAACCACGCCUGUGCUGCACUGCCUGGCUGCUGCUGGCCUCAGAUGCCUCAUGGUCACUGGAGAUAACCCCCUCACUGCCCUCGCUGUCAGCCGCCACUGUGGACCGUACCUCCUACACACCACACGCCACCCCUAUCUCAUCGACACAGCCGACGACACCCAUCCAGGGGGCACGGGCUGUGUGAUACAAGACGUGGUGACACACCGCAGUGUGCCUCUGGACGAUGUGCUUAUAGCGGGGCCCUCUGGUGCCGCCUCUGUGCUGCAAAAGGGCUCUUCAGGCGGUGCUAUGGCUGCUCCUCAGCUGGACGCAUCACUCAGAGGAGCGGACCUUGUGGUGACAGGCCGAGCAUUCACAGCACUUAAAGCCCACCACGAACUAAUGACCUUGCUCCACACGCCCCACCGCCGAUCCUCCUCCCCUUUCUCCUCCUCCCCGUCCCCCUCCUCCUCCUCGUCCGCCCUUGUGCUCGCCCCUGCCUCGGCUGCAAUCACGCCCUUUGAAGCGGUGCUGUCCCGGGCGGGGGUGUUUGCACGCAUGUCCCCCAGCAACAAGCAGGACCUCAUGCUUGCCCUCCGUGAUCUGGGUUACUCCGUUGCCAUGACUGGUGACGGUGCCAAUGACAGUGCAGCGCUCAAGGCAGCAGACGUGGGCCUCAGCAUCGCCUCCAAGCGCCACUCCACCCUAGCAGACCUCCCCUCCUCUUGCUCCGUCAACAGCGCAUCAGGAGCAUCAUCAUCAGCAUCAGUGCCACUGGGUCGCAGGUCGUCAGUGGCCGUGGCACGGUCGGCAGCAGCGGCAGCGGACGCAGCAGCAGCAGCUCCCAGCAUUGCUGCGCCGUUCUCCACUCAUGUGGCCCAUAUUGGAGCACUUGUUCCGCUGCUGCGGGACGGGCGGUGUGCGCUGGUGACAGCAACGAGCAUGUUCAAGUACAUGAUGUUCUAUGCCAUGGUGCAGACCAUGUCCAUUGCCGUGCUCUACCCGCUUGCUCUCGAGCUCACUGACAUGCAGUACCUCUGGGCAGACCUAGGCCUGGUGUUCCCCAUGAUCCUGCUCAUCCCCACGCUCCUGCCGCGCAAGUCUCUCUCCCGUGGCCUGCCAGAGACCAACCUCUUCUCGCUCUCCAUGCUCGUGGGCAUCUACGGCCAGUCCGCCCUCAUUGUCGCCACGCAGCUGCUCGCCUAUGCCUUCCUGCAGAGACAGCCAUGGUAUGUGGAGCCAAUCAUUGGCACUCCAGGGUUCAACCGCAAAGUCAACAUCAACACCACUGCCAGCUUCCUCUUUGCCUCUUUCCAGUAUCUCUUCCUGGCUGCUGCUGUCAGUCAGAGCUUUGGCCGCUUCAGAGCACACCUGUUCCAGAGCCCUCUCCUUAUCGCCGUGCUCCUGCUGCAGUUCCUCUGCUGCACCCUCCUCCUGCUCUACCCAUCCGCCGCCGUUCGCGAUGCCUUUGGCCUUGUCGACCUGAGCGCCUAUCCGGACUUCACCAUUUCCAUCUGGACCUUUGCUGUCAUCACCGGUGUAGCCUUCAUUCUCUUUGAGCGCUUUGCUGUGCGCCACCAGUCCGCCGAGCCUGACACUGCCGACGCUGACGACCUGCUUCGGCAGGCAGCAGAAUGGCAGGCCAAGGAUGCUGCAGCGGGAUCAGCCCCGUCACAUGGCUCUGCACAUGUGUGGAUCGGUCAUGGGGACAAGGACGAGGGGGGGUCGCAGGGUUGGUAUCAGGGAGUGGUGUCCGUGUGGCGGAACAUUGGAGGCAGCUGCUAUCCUGGUCCGUCAACCAAAGACAUCAGAUUCCUGGCUGCUCAAAAGGAGGCUGGAGCCCUGGAAGUUGUGCACGAGGAGACGGGGACUGUCCUGCGCGUCCCGUUUCGGAGGGUUCAUCUGUCAGGGGAGGAGCCUCCUUUCGACGUGUACGACACCAGCGGUCCCCAGAACAUCGACUGCAAUGAAGGUCUGCCGAAGCUGAGGGAGUCCUGGGUCGCAAGGAGGGAAAAGCGGGGGGACCAGUGCUUUACACAGAUGCACUACGCUAAGAAGGGCAUAAUCACAGAAGAGAUGCUCUACUGUGCGACAAGGGAGAAGAUGGAUCCUGAGUUCGUCCGAUCCGAGGUUGCUCGUGGACGGGCAAUCAUCCCUGCCAACAAGCGUCACCCCGAGCUUGAACCUACGAUUGUGGGCCGGAACUUCCUCGUGAAGAUCAACGCCAACAUUGGGAAUUCCGCUGUCGCUUCUUCUAUUGAGGAGGAAGUCCAGAAGCUGAAGUGGUCGACUAUGUGGGGUGCGGACACAGUAAUGGACCUGUCAACUGGCGAUAACAUUCACGAGACUCGCGAGUGGAUUCUUCGUAAUUCCGCCGUUCCUCUUGGGACUGUUCCAAUCUACCAGGCUUUGGAGAAGGUGAAUGGCAUUGCUGAGGACCUCACCUGGGAGAUUUUCCGUGAGACGCUCAUCGAGCAGGCCGAGCAAGGAGUUGAUUACUUCACCAUCCACGCUGGAGUCCUGUUGAGGUUCAUUCCGCUGACGGCCGAGCGGCUCACUGGCAUCGUUUCUCGCGGUGGCUCUAUCCAUGCCAAGUGGUGCCUCACAUACCACAAGGAGAAUUUCGCCUAUGAGCACUGGGACGAGAUUCUGGACAUUUGCCGUGAAUAUGACAUUUCUAUUUCGAUUGGUGACGGUCUCAGGCCCGGUUGCAUCCGCGAUGCCAAUGACAUGGCUCAGUUCUCUGAGCUGGCAAUCCAAGGCGAGCUGACCCGACGUGCCUGGGAGAAGGAUGUUCAGAUCAUGAACGAGGGCCCGGGGCACGUUCCCCUUCACAAGAUUCCUGAGAACAUGAGGAAGCAGCUUGACUGGUGCAACGAGGCCCCCUUCUACACGCUUGGCCCUCUCACUACUGACAUCGCCCCUGGUUACGAUCACAUCACUUCUGCAAUUGGUGCUGCCACCAUUGGCGCCCUUGGUACUGCUCUUCUCUGCUACGUCACUCCCAAGGAGCACCUUGGGCUGCCAAACCGUGAGGAUGUGAAGGAUGGAGUCAUUGCUUACAAGAUCGCCGCGCACGCUGCAGACUUGGCAAAACAGCACCCUUAUGCGCAGGAGUGGGACGACGCUCUUAGCAAGGCCCGUUUCGAGUUCCGCUGGCGUGAUCAGUUUAACCUGUCACUCGACCCAACAACAGCUCAGGCCCUCCAUGAUGAGACCCUGCCAGCUGAUGGUGCUAAGCUUGCCCAUUUCUGCUCCAUGUGUGGGCCCAAGUUCUGCUCUAUGCGCAUCACUGAGGAUGUUCGCAAGUAUGCCGCCAAGCACGGCUACGGGGAGAACGUUGAUGCUGCUGUCCAGGAAGGUCAUCAGUGGGGAGCAGGACAAGGGUGGAGAGAUUUACCUGCCAGAGGCUUACAUCAAGUCAUCUGGCUCUGGUGCCAACCUCAAUUGAAGCUGACUCUUGCAGUUGAAGAUGGAUGGGAUGCUCCCUCCGUUGAAGCUGCUUCUUGCCUGACUAGCAACCUGCUCGGAAGUAGCGAGCUGCUUCGAUCGCCUCAGUCCCUUAGCCAGAUCAUUGGGCCAGCAGUACCGCCACUCACGACCCUCUUGAAGCACAACGAGAAUGAGAUCCGAAUCACCGUCGCGGGGAAGGUCCGCAACUACGUCACUUACGCCGCCACUCUCCUCCAGGAGCGCGGGCAGAAGGAGGUGGUGGUGAAGGCGAUGGGGCGCGCAAUCAGCAAGGCCGUGCUCGUGGCGGAAUCCGCGCGGCGUCGCAUCCCAGGGCUGCAUCAGAACACCGUGAUAGGCUCCACGGACAUCACGGACCUCUGGGAGCCUCUCGAGGAAGGCCUCUUGCCGUUGGAGACCACGCGCCACGUGUCCAUGAUCAGCAUUACGCUUUCCACCGAGCCGCUUGACACCAGCGCUCCAGGCUACCAGCCCCCGCUGACAGAGGAGGAAAUGACGCGACUCCCAGAAACUUUUGCAGAGGGGGGAGGGGUCGCGGGCGGGGCGGCAGGGGAAGGGGUCGGGGGAGAGGGGGUGCUAUGGGACCAGGGGGGGGUUUCCCUGGCGCGGCAGCAGCAGGGGGGGCUGUGCCUUCGCAGCAGGGCGACGCUGCUCAAUAUCCUUCGCAUGGUAUGGUACCUUGCACACUUGCCCCUGCGUUUCCCUUCCUUCAUAGCCUUUUGA